UGCGGCAGCGCGAGCCGAGAGGCGGCCAGUUGCCGGCAGCGGCGGGCGGAGCGCGGGCGGGAGCGCGCGGGGAGGCGCCGCCUGCAGCGCGGGGAGGGGGCGGCGGCGACGGCGGCCCCGCGCUCCGGAAGUGAAGCAGUGAGGCGGCCGGACCCUGGGCGAGCGCACGGACGCGCGGCGGUCGCCACGGGCAGUUGACUUGGCUGGAGCUAGGACCUUGAGCGGCCUUUGUGAAGUUGGGGGACACGUGUCUCUGCAAGAAGCUGCAAAAGAGUCCAAGCCACUCUGCUGUGAGACUUCUCUCCCGGAGUUCCGGUGCCAGAGUCGAACGUGUUUUCCCACUAUCUAGAGAGAAGCAACACAGCAGGAUCCGAGACUAGUGAAAGCAGCUCCUGAAGGUGCGUCAGCUUUGCGUGAGGGUUCAUCAUCACUCCACAGCUGCUCGGUCAGUGAGAAAAACAGCAGCCACAGGCCGUGGUGCUGUGCCAGGCAUCGUCCACACACCUUGAGACUGACGGGAAGCGCUGAGUUCGUGCCACAGGGCAACUCCGGGGGUUGGGCCUGGAAGACUGAGACUUUGUUGGAGUGACUUUGUUGGCUUGACCUAAGCCCAUUCACUGGUGGACCCUGAGCUUAGACGCUCACCCAGCGUGGUCUCCAUCCUAACGCGUGCCCAUCUGCGCCUCGAGCGAAUCGGUGCCCAUAGGUUAGAGGGAGGGAAAGCCUCGGAAGGAUGGCGCUGGCACUGCUGGAGGACUGGUGCAAGAUCAUGAAUGUAGACGAUCAGAAAUCUCUGAUGGUCACGGGGAUCCCAGCGGACUGUGAGGAAGCUGAGAUUCAGGAGGUUUUCGAGGAAACUUUACAAGCUCUAGGCAGUUACAAAGUGCUUGGCAAAAUAUUCAGGAAGCAGGAGAAUACCUAUGCUGUCUUGUUAGAGCUACUGGAAGACACUGAUGUCGCACUGAUUCCCACUGAGGUGCAGGGGAAAGGGGGGGUUUGGAAAGUGGUCUUUAAGACCCCUAAUCAGGACAUGGAGUUUCUGGAAAGACUGAAUCUCUUUCUAGAAAAAGAGGGGCAGACAAUCACGGGGAUGUUCCGAGUCCUUGGGUAUGAAGGAGUGAAUCCAGCCACUCUGCCCCCCGUGUCUCCAGAGGUAUUGGCCCAGUUGGUGGGACAGGUGAUAGCCCAUGCGCCUCAGCCUCUGCUCCCCAUGAGGUACCGAAAACUGAGAGUGUUCUCCGGGAGCACUGUGCCUGGCCCUGAGGAAGAGCCCUUUGAAGUCUGGCUGGAACAGGCCACUGAGAUCAUUAGAGAGUGGCCCGUAGCGGAGGCAGAAAAGAAAAGGUGGUUGAUGGAAAGUCUGCGUGGUCCUGCCUUGGACCUCAUGCACAUAUUGCAGGCAGACGAUCCGUCCAUAGGUGUGGAGGACUGUUUGGAGGCAUUUAAGCAAGUAUUUGGGAGCCUGGAGAGCCGCAGGACCUCCCAGGUGAAGUAUCUGAAGACCUAUCAGGAGGAAGGAGAGAAAGUCUCGGCCUAUGUCUUACGCUUAGAAACGCUGCUCCGGAAAGCUGUGGAGAAACGGGCUAUUCCCCGGAAUAUUGCAGAUCAGGUUCGCUUGGAACAAGUCAUGGCCGGGGCAAGCCUGAGUGAAGUUCUCUGGUGCAGGCUUAGGGAAAUGAAAGAUCAGGGCUCACCUCCCAGCUUCCUGGAGCUGAUGAAGAUCAUACGGGAAGAAGAAGAGGAAGAGGCUUCUUUUGAGAAUGAGAAUGCGGAAGAGCCAGAUGAGGGGGAUGGUUAUGGCCACUGGGAUGAGUCGGAUGACUGAAAACUAGCUCAGGAGUCUGCCCACAGCCUUUGGGCUUGAAAUAUUUGCUUUGCCAAGCUAAGACCCUGACAUUAAAACAAGAUUGGCUUUCUUUAAUGUACAAAAUCAAGAAAUUCAAACUGGGUCUUGACUCCUCUUUCCAAGAAAAAAUAUCUUGGACCCCACAUUAUAUUACUAUUAAAAGAAUAAUUGCUAAUAUGUGAUCUUAAGCAUAAAAAAUCUAAACUGGGCUAGAGGGUGGGGGAGGCUAGAAAGAUUAUUCAGGGCUGAGCACCUGCGUUCAGGCAGAAGGCCUGGGGUAGAUGCUUAGUACCACACGAGGUCUCCCAAGCAACCCCUGAAACAAUUCUCAAGAACUGACCAGGAGUAGCCCUCAAGCACUGUGAGCCCAAAACAAAUAAAAAUAAAUCUGAAACAUGCAUCAAGUGACCCCAAAACAAAUCAGUCUGAAACACCUUUAAGUCUCCUAAAUAGACCAAAGUUUGCCUACCCUUACCAUAGAAGAAUUGAUAUAAAUAUAUAUAUAUAUAUUUUGUUAUGUAUUUAAAAUCCAACCUGUUAGACUUAUCAGGUAUAUUCCUUGCUCAGUCAGUACAUUCUCUCUGGAAUCUUUAGAAAUGUGAGGAUUGUACAGGAACUUAGCCGUUAUAAACUUACAAUCACGGGCCGUGCUGUCAGGAGCUCGCAGUCCAAUUGGGAAUAGGACCUUGACAUCUGAAAAGUCUAAAUUAUCUCCUCUAUAAAGUUCCCAAGGCCCAUGAAAGUGUCAUUACCAGAUGAAUGCAACCAUUUCUGCCUUGAGAUGGCUUAGGAAGCACUCCUCCCUCCGCCUCUUCCAGGCUAGGAAUUGAUUAGACAGUUCCAGGCAUCCAUUCUUCCCAGAAGACACGGAUGACUCAGGCAGUCCAUGCUUUGAAGAGGUACAGGGGUAAGAGGGAAGAGACUGGAGAGUCAGGUUGUGCAGGUUUGUAUGGUUUUAGUAAGCUGGCUGGUGUGUGUGUGUGUGUGUGUGUGUAUGUGUGUGUGUGUGUGUUUGUGUGUGUGACAGUAGCAGUGCAGGUUUGUAUGGUUUUAGUAAGCUGGCUGGUGUGUGUGUGUGUGUAUGUGUGUGUGUGUAUGUGUGUGUGUGUUUGUGUGUGUGUGACAGUAGCAGAGAAGAGGAAGAGAACUUGCAUUUUAUUGAGGAAGUCCCAUACACGAGAUGCUUUAUGUUUAUUGUUCAAUAGACAGCAACUCUGAUGUGGUAAAAUUUUUGCUCUUUUCCAAAGGAAAAGAAAUGAAUCUCAAAUAGGUUAAGGGCUUUUCUCAAUAUCAGAAUGCUUACAGUUGGCAGAAUCAAGUAAAAGUUCUGAACUUUCUGACUCAUGCUAAUCUGCAUCCUAAUCAUGAUUUUUGAAACGUGUGAAGCAGGUUCAUCUUUACAAUGUACUUUAAACUCUUUAAACCUCUAUUAAAUGAUAGGUAGACUCAAGUGUCUUUAUCUCCAAAUUUUAACACAUUGACAUUCAUCAGUAGGCUCCUUUUUCUUCCUAGCUUGACUUAUUUUAAGCAGACUUUGGAAGAAAGAUUUCCUUGCAACAGCUGAACCCAUAAGCAAGCUUCUUGAUAUUAGUAAGAGAUGAAAGAGGCUAUAGUGCCUAAUGGCUGUUUCAACCAGGCCCAUGCAUGUCUUGUGAUGUCAAAUGUGUAGUUGAAUGUAAAUGAACCUCAUUGAGUUACCCGAUAAGUCUCCAUUGCAAUUGAUGUCUAGCAUAAACAAGUUGCUUAACUUCUCUAAACACCAGUUUCCUUAAGAGAAAAAAUGGGAAGAUAAUAGAGGGUGGAUGUUAGGAUCAAAGACUUAAUGCCUUUUAAGCACUGAGCAUGGUAUAAGUCAGUGGAACAUAGUAAGCCCUUAAGACAUAAUGCUUCUUAUCUGCUCAGUGCAUGCUCUCUCGAAUGUUCUUGCAGUCCUACAGUGGCCAAUAAAUAUGUAAUCUGUCUGACGCACUGUGAUAGCAUUGCAUUAGGACAAUGUUAAUAGCUUUUAAUAUAAGUUUCAGUACUUCUUGUCUAUUUAGUGAUUCAACUUUGAAAUAAUAAUUUAUUCUUUCCUAUCAUGGAUAAUUUUAAUUGAAGACUGUGUUAAAAUAGUAAGAAAAGCAUUUUCUAACCAUUUGUGAUCAUUUAUAUCAAGUGAUAUUUUUCAAUACUAUUCGACCAAAGUGAUAAAAAUCCUCAUCUUGUACACCUUGAUUUUAUGUGGUUUUGUAUUCAUAAAAUGGUUCAUUUUCCUCAUCGAUUAUUGAUAUACACAGUUAAGUGUUAUAAAUGUUAUGUAAUAAAAUAAAUGCUAAUAAAAUUUGUGAGUUGUUUUCUA